AUGUCCUCUGCCCACCUGACACGCCUCCGUAGAUGGUUGCUAUCUUCUCCCCCGGCUGAAUGGGGUGUCCAGCGGGUUAGAGAACUGCUGAUUGGAGCAUUGCGACAGGGGCCUAUACCACGACAUGUUGCCUUUGUCAUGGAUGGCAACCGACGUUACGCUCGCACCAAUCACAUUGAGACGGUCGAAGGCCACCACCUAGGCUUCGAAGCCCUUGCUCGUAUACUCGAAGUGUGCUACAAGUCAGGAGUCAAGGUUGUCACCAUAUACGCCUUUAGCAUCGAAAACUUCAAGCGCUCCAAGUACGAAGUCGAUGCCCUCAUGGACAUGGCCAAGUUCAAGCUCAAUCAAUUGGCGCAGCAUGGCGAGCUGCUUCAUCGCUACGGCGCUCGUAUCCAGAUCCUGGGACAGAGAGAUCUCAUACGCCCUGACGUCCUGGAAUCCAUAGACGAAGCCGUUCGCCUGACCAGCAACAACACCAACGCCGUCCUGAAUGUCUGCUUUCCCUACACGUCCCGCCACGAGAUGACUCACGCCAUUCGUGAAACUGUCCGCGAAUACUCGACCCCUUUGCGCUCUGUCAACAAGCGUCCCUUCUCUGAAUCACAUAUUGCACGCCACCUGCGUACUACCCAGUUGACUCAAGUGCAAGAGGAAGUCUCGGCCGACGACGAAAACACUGAAGAGACGGACGAAUCGAACAACAGUGCCGCAUCCACUGAUGAACACCCUCCGUCUUCUCGCACGUCCACCUCGGCCAAUUCUCCUGCCUUCAAACCUACAAGGCCGCAGACUGUGUUUCCAGAUCCCGAGACCAUCACUGCAGACACGAUCAAUGCCCACACAUUUACUCAUGAUGCCCCUCCUUGCGACCUUCUGGUCCGGACCUCGGGCGUUCAAAGACUGAGCGAUUUCAUGAUGUGGCAGUGCCAUGAGCACACCAGCAUUGUUUUCUUAGAAUGCCUCUGGCCCGAGUUUGACAUCUGGCAGUUCUUGCCAGUCCUGGUCGAAUGGCAGUGGAAACAACGCAAACUCAAUGACGCUCAAGCCUUCUCACGCUCCUCACGACCCCUUAAAGCCUGUUAA